AUGCCUUACCUCGGUCCAAGAUCUUUCAAUACAACUCCAUUGACUAGUUCUAAUUUGGCUUAUUUAGGCGACGCAAACGAUUUCCAACAGGGAGGCUCUUCACCGGAUAAACUCAACAAAGUUACAAGAGAAGAAGAACCAAGAACUAAUGGAUUUCAAACAUCCUCAAUCACCGAUUCAUCAUCAAAUUCAAUAUCGGCCUUUUCCUCCAAUAUCGACAACUCUUCAAAAUCUUCAAAUUGCUCAAUUAAUACCGAAGUUGGAUCAUUGUCGCAUCGUACUAUGGCUGAUUUGAAUGAAGACGACAACAACACUGUUAUUUUACAACCUUGCAAUGACGAAACUCAUUUGAUUAUACCACAUUCACCCUUAAAGAGGUACAACACUUUAACUGUUGGGUCUAAUGAAGUUUCAAAUUCCUUUGGUUCUAUUAAUGAAUUGCAAGAUUUAACUCCGAAAAUCCCCUUGCUGAGAAAGAAAUCAGGAGAACUUGUUAAAUCCUCAUUGAAGUUGAAUAGUUUAACAAGAUCAAAUUCAAUGCCAAAUACUAAAAGCGUACGAUUUGCUACAACUUUAGAAAAUGUCAAGUUUUUCAAAAAAUCCGAAAAACCAACAGCAGUAUCCAAUUGUAGAUCAUCUAGUACUCCUAGAACUUAUUGGAAUUUUGAUUCUAGUUCAUCAUCAUCAUCAUCAUCAUCAUCGGAUAAUGAUGGAAUUGAUAAUGAUGCUGAUUUAGAAUGUGAUUCUCAAUAUAGCAAUCAUUCAAUUUUAGAUGAUUAUAAAUCAAACUUCGACUUGAAUGAUAAUUAUGAUGAUAUGCUGAACGAUACGACAAAUCAAAAGUGGAUUAUCAAGUCAAACGAUUGUCCUCAUAAUCCAUUUUCUUUGAAUUUUGCUAGAUUGGCUUCAAAUAGAAAUGUUAUUCUCGAAAGUGUCAAAUUGAACUCAAGCGGUAAUUCUUUAAUUGGUUUUGUCUAUGUUAAUAAUAUAGCAUUUGAUAAAAAGAUUGUGGUUAGAUUAACUCAUGACUAUUGGAAAUCGUUUAUUGAAAUUGAGAAUGCUAACUAUAUAUCUUCCAAUCAUAUUUUCAAGUACUCAGAUUCAAAUUCUAAUACUUAUGACAAAUUUUCCUUUAUUAUCAAACUGGACAAUUUGAAUAUUGUUUCAGAUGAAAUCAAUCUAGAGUUUUGUAUUCAAUAUACAGUCAACAAUAUGGAAUUUUGGGAUAAUAACGAUGGUAGGAACUACAAGGUUGUCUUAUUGAAGAACUAUAACAAUAAAAGUUUGGCAAAGCUUUCAAAGAUGAAUAAAUCUUGCAGAAACAACAAUGUUGAUGACUCAAAACGGCUAGAAAUUGAUGACUCGAGUAUCAAGCUAAAGGACAAUAAAAAUUUUAGGUAUGAAUUUUCAGAUUCUUUUGAUAACUAUAAACCAAAAACAGACAUUGCAUCCUUAAGAACUUCCAACUCUUAUGGCCUUAAAAAAAUCAAAUCAGAGUCUUCAUUACCAGAAUUUAAGUCCAAUUACACGUUUACAUACAAUCAUCUGUCCAACAAGUCAACUUCUGCUUUACACGAAAAUAAGAUUGAUGACUCCAAUUACUCAUUAUCUUCAAAUAGGAGAUUUUCUAAUACUCAGUAUUCAUCUAAAGCAGUUCCGCAAUCAGCUUCAGUUCCUCAGAAUGGCUUUGAAUCGAACGAUUAUGAUAGUAUCAUUAAGAAGUUCUGUUUCUUUACACCAAAUUAUCAAGAUCAGCAUAAUCCUUCUUCAAUUUCAAAUCUGAGUUAUCAGAAAUCUGAAGCUUCCUGCUUUUGA